AUGUUGUUAUCCCGGCCUCUCUUGAAAGCUGCAGAAAAGACAGGAUCCCUGAGUCUUUGGCAGUGGCUCUGGCCUUGUGUUCUGCCAGAUGCUUUCUGCCCCUGUUAUCCUGGCUCAGGUCCACUGGCCACAGUGCUGGCAGGUGUUGUUUCAGGCACAGUGGUCUGGGACCGUCAUGAGCUGUGGGUUUGUGCAGAAGAGCAGAGAACAGAGGCCACUCUGGAUGCUAAAGUGGUGUUUCACACUUCUUGGCCUCUGGUUUUGGAUGUAACUACCCUUCAUUCCAACGCCUUCUCCCCCUCUCCCUGCUGCUGGCAGCAGGAGAGGCUUUUACAUGACACUGCUGUGACCGUGGGUAACCCUUCCUGCUCUCUCUUUCCCAGUUACCUGUCUGAGGAGGAUGUCUUGGAUCAAACAAACCCUUUUGUGCAGCUUGUGAGUGGGGUGGUUUGGCUCCUCAGAGAUGGAGAAGUUUACAUCAAUGAGAGCCGGGACGCCGAGUGUGGGAACACUCAAACCACAGGCACCUUCGACAAGUUCAUCAAUGUGAUCUCGGCCAGGACUGCGGUGGGACACGACCGCCAGGGCCGGCUGGUCCUGGUCCACGUGGAUGGACAGACAGAAUCCAGGGGGGUCAACCUGUGGGAAAUGGCAGAAUUCCUGAAGCAGCAGGGAGUCAUCAAUGCCAUCAACCUGGAUGGUGGAGGCUCUGCCACGCUGGUCUUGAACGGAACCCUUGCCAACUACCCCUCUGAGCACUGCUCCUUCGACAGCACGUGGCGCUGCCCCCGGCGCGUCUCCACCGUGCUGUGUGUGCACGAGCCACGCUGCGACCCCCCCGGCUGCAGCGGGCACGGGCUGUGCCAGGCCGGGCACUGCCGCUGCUCCGGGGCCUUCUGGACAGGCCCUGCCUGCGACAGCCUGGACUGUGGCCCUGCCAACUGCAGCCUGCACGGCCUCUGCACCCCCUCUGGAUGCCUGUGUGAUGCUGGCUGGACUGGCAGCAACUGCACGGAAGCCUGUGCUCCUGGUUUCUAUGGGGAAUCCUGCAGCCAGAAGUGCCAGUGCCAGCACGGUGGCUCCUGUGACCCUGUGCAUGGGGCCUGUUCCUGCCCCCCUGGGUUCUAUGGCACCAGCUGUGAGCAUGAGUGUCCCAUGGGCUGGUUUGGGCCCAACUGCCAGAGCCAGUGUGUGUGUGAGCACUCGUGUCCCUGCGACCCCCAGACCGGCAGCUGCAACACCACCCACGACGGGGCACUGCAGGAGGAGCUGCUCAGAGCUGGACAGUGUGUGGCUUCCCAGAAUAAGGAAAGGAGAAAAGAAAGAUUCUCUCUGUCAGAGAGCACGUGGCUGUCCCUGAGCUGUGGCCUGGCCCUGCUGCUGGUGCUCAGUGCCCUGGGGAACGUGGGGCUGGUGCUGAGGGCGCGGUCGGAGCGGCAGCACGGGGACUAUCGGUACCACCCCCUGAGGGACAUCAACGGGGAGGCCACACACACCCCCAGUGCUGCUGCCUGGGAGCCAGAGGACACUCGGGAGCCAGAGGACACUCAGGACUCACUUUAGAGUCCCGGAUGGGAAGAGAGGAGGUGUUUCACUGUGCCCCCUGCACAGCCCCUCAGCACUGAGCGGGACAGAGUCACCGUGCCUGAGGUGACCCAGCCCAGGAACUGCCCUUGCUCAGCCACAGCUCCCUCUCCUCUGCUGCUCCAGCCCCAGCCCCCAGGGCUGCACCCCCAGUGGCCGUGAUGGGAUGCAGGGCACUGGGUAAGGGAAUCCCACAGUGGCAGCAGGAAAGGAAAGCGGCUGGUUCCUUCCUAACCCUGAGGGACUUGGGUGAGCAGUGCCAGCCACAGGCACCUCAGGAAGGUCCCUGCCCACCGGGGCAGUGAUGAGUGUUUUUAAGACUCAGCAAGGUAAACUGCCUCUAGCACAAAGCUGGGUUAAGGAAGCUGGUGCCUAAGGGUGUUAGAGUGUAUGUCUGCCCUUCCCUGGUGAGCUCAGAUUUUAAUCAGAAAAGUGACAAAACAUUUUAAAAUGCUGAAGCAGGUGCAGCACCCAGUGAAACCAGAGCCCUCCUCCUGGCCCAGAGGCGUGUGAUGGGCGCUGCAUUUUGGGGAGGCUCUUGCAGCCUGGAAAAGCCUUGUCAGGUCACAAGUUCCAUUGGUGCAUCUCUUGUAGCCCCAGCAGCUGAGGGGCUCUGGGGGCUCAGGGACUGUCACCAGCCAGGGAAGGGGACAGACAGGGACAGCCUGGCAGGGCUGGCAGGACAUGGCCUGGGCUGCCCUGCCCCAGCUGGACUCUCCUCAGAGGGACCACAACCAGCAAGUUCUUCAAGCCCUCCCAGAUCCCAAACACCUCGUCUGGAAAUCCAGAACCCCUCCUUGCACAAUUAAACUGAAACAGUGUUAAGAGUUUGCUUCCACUGGGGGAAAGCCAGCCUUUAACGUGCCCCUUGGAUGCUGCAGAGGGGUUAGAGCCUGUCUGAGCCCCAACACUCACAGUUUUAUGCACUCACUCCCUUUUUACCUUUCCAUGUAAAGGAUGUGUAAUUUCUGUGCCACUGUUGGCAUCAGAUCAGCCUGUAACCAGAAGACUCUAUUUUUCUAUGAUUUACAGAAGAUUAUUUGAAAUUGAAUAAAGUCUAUUAGUGCUACCUGCCUGAAA